AUGGAUGAAUCGCUAAAGCGGGAUAUACAGAACAACGGGCCGCACGUCAACUACGCCAUAUGGAUUUUCGCCGCCCUCGCAACACUCUUUCUUGGCCUUCGCGUGGCAUGUAAAUGCAGGUGGAACGCCUAUCUCUGGUACGAUGACUGGUUCCUAAUCGCGUCCUGGGUCCUCCUAAUAGUCUCCUGUGCCAUAGUAAGCGCAAACGUGGCCGUCGGAUUCGGGAGACACGACAAGGACAUUGAUCCGGCUGAGUUGGACGGGCUCGGCAUACGGAGUGUCCUCGUGGGCUCCUUGUGCACCUUGAGCGCGGCGUGGAGCAAGACCUCGUUUGCUGUGUCCUUGCUCCGCAUUGCAUCGCCACGCCUAUGCAUUCUUAUAUGGACUCUCACCGUCUCUAUGAACAUAUUUAUGCACUCCAGUAUUGUUCUUAGUUGGGCUUCAUGUCAGCCCGUUGCCAAAUGGUGGGAUCCGUCGCUAAAAGGAGAGUGUUGGCCCCCGGAAAUUGUCAUACCUAUUGGCAUAUUUUUCUCUGCGUAUUCAGGGUUCAUGGACUUUGUCCUUGCUCUCCUACCAUGGGUUAUCUUAAGGCGGUUACGAAUGGAUCUAAAAGAAAAGAUUGGAGUUGCUGUGGCUAUGAGUAUGGGGGUGUUCGCCGGUGCCACUGCAAUCGUCAAAAGCUACAGUCUACCUGUUAUAAGAGAGGACGAUUUCAAUUACCUCGGUGUUAAGCUAGUAACUCGCAGCGUGGCUGAGAUAGCAAUCACUAUAAUAGCUGCAUCGAUCCCCGUACUCCGUACACUGGUUUGCGACCUGGCCUGCUUAAAUGGUAGCACUCGUGGUCAUGGAAGCAGGCGUAAUAGAGAGCACCACCAACUCAGCUCCUCAGAUGAGGAUGGAAUCAUAAUUAACAGGAUUCCCACGACUAGAACGGGAGGUAGCAAUGCCAGAGGAUCCGCUGAUAUGACUGACCAGGUGGAACUGCGCAUGGCCACUGAGGUGUGA